AGACAAUCCGGAUCCAAAUCAACUCGGCUUCUUCGGUGCGCCUCAUGAGGAUAUUGGAAUUUGGGGUUGAGUGAGUCGCACCCACGUUAGGUACUAGGGUACCUAUCACAGCUCAAGUCGGGUGGGGUCCACCAACAAAAUUAUGGAUCCGUUCACCAGCCUCGCAGACGCCACUGAAGAGCCCCAAUCCAGGCGUAAAAGCUUGGGCCAUCAUUCUCGUCCUGUAUCCACUUCGAAAAUACUUAGAAGUGCAAAUUUUUCUUCACUCGAUGUAGCUGCCAUCUCCCUUCCUGUCUUGUCCACAUUCCAAUCACUGGAGAGCAAUCUCAAAUAGGAGAACUAUUUGAAAACAGAAGCCAGAGCUCCCAAACGUUAACAUCAUUUAUCUUCACUGUUUUGGAGUACACAAAUAUCUUGCCUCGCAGCAAGUGAUUUGAUGUUUGCAGGAAGCGACGGGAGAAGGCCACUCUGAUCAUCAUUGCACUUGGCUGGCCAUGCUAUCAUAGGAACAUAUGGAUGGGUUUACGAGCUGAGUUUUGCUCCGCACUUAUGUUUGUUAGUGUGGCUUCGUUUUGUCCAGGCCUUUGUUGAAAAUGGUCUUUGUCUGUGAAUACAAUGUCCUUUGUGUCUUGAAACAUUCCGACCUAUUCAGAUUUAAUGUGCUCUAUAAAUUUGCUCAUCCCCUUCCCCUCGAGCAGUUUGGCCUGGCGACUAGUUAAUUUGCGAGGAGGAGUCCCACGCACUCGCAAGACUUAGAAGGGUGACGUACAGCAGAUGCAAACGUACACAUGUAUUCGGCUCAAUCACCAUUUCCCAGUCAUCAUCUUACAGCGAUUUACGGUCGACCGAGGAUUUGACACUUGCCAUAGCAGAAGUCAGAAUGUCCUCUGAAUACUUCAGCUUGGAGGUCGGUGAUGAUUUCAACUUCGAUCAUGUUGACCAGGUUGAUAGCAAAUUUCCCGACCUCGGCUCGUCUCUGGAUGCGUGGGAUGGGGAAAUUUCAACCUCGGAUAUCCCGACAGGAGCGAUAGAAUUCCGCAGCGAUGACCGAACUCUGAUUAUGGCUAGCGCACCUGACACCGCCACAGAAAUGCUUGCCCUGGGCGUGGUCGCUACCGCUACUCAUGAUGGUAUUGCCGCUGCUGGCCCAGCGGGCCCUUCACAUUUUGAUUCAUGGAAACAAGCCAAAUUGCAACCCAAAUGCCAAUGCACCUGGGCCAUGGGAACUCCGCUUUCAGUCUGAGGAAUAACCCCAUCUCGUCCGCCGAGCUAGCACGGAGCCUCCUACCUCCAAAAUCAGCUGCUCCCCAUGGCCGUCCUCUCCACAAGUUGAGGCGCGGCCGUGGCAGAGAUGGGUCGAGAGAUGACCCGAACGAGUUCUACUGGCGACUCCGGGGGCCUCCUCCGUCAUGGGCUCAUGGGCGUAGUUUCUUCCACUACACUUGCGAGGGAGAGCUCAAUCUCCUCUACAAGUUUGGCGAAGAGGCAUUUCUGGACUACCUUAGACAGCCCGAGCUUGUGCUUCUCAUUCAGAGAACCCCUACACUGCACAACCAUCGCUAUCCCAAUCAUCUACUAUCGCCCAAGUGUAGAUUUCGUCAAUGCCGCGCCUUGCACCAUACAAUCAACCGCGGCGAGUUCCGCGUUGCCCUCAGCGAGCAUCCCUCCUUGUACGGCGGCAUGCUUGACCCUUUCCACUGCGCCGGCUACGUGCAUCUCUACUGCCUGGAGUCCACACUGGGGGUUCGCAAAAUGGUAGAGCUCCAUAAUCAGAAUAGACUGGUGGUUCAUACUCACACUCUUCCCAUGGAGGAGAAGGACCCGAUGUACAUCAAGGGGGUGCCAGACGAGGCUGGCCCAUACAGCCGCUAUAUAAAGUGGUUCAGUCUUGCAGAGAGCUGGCUCAACAAUAGUCUCCAUGAGCCGGUGGAAGGCGACAAAACACUCAAUUGGUACAUGACCAAGGGGGUGGUUGAGUCACAGCUCCCCUGCCAAAAUAGAGCACGUCAAAAGCGCCAGUUGGCCGAUUUUGCCAAGCACAUGGGUAACCCAGAAGAGAAGAUCCGCCUGAGGUGCGCGAACAAGGCGGCGAAGGCCGACAAGCUACGGCAGGAGGAGGCCCACGGCAGGACUCAGGCCCGAGAAGGUUCGCAGGGCGGUUUCAGGAGCCGCUCAAGGUCGCCGGUAUGCGAAAAGGGACGAAUGCCCGCCCAUCGACAGCGCGAUGAGCUGUUGUUGAUGGGACAACCUGGAGACGACGACAAAUAGGAGGACGACAAAGAUGACCAGGACUAUGCUCUGAAUGGCCAAAAAUAUGCAGACCUCUAAUAGGAGCUAGGUUCGGGAUGCUGAAGCGCUGGUGCGGGUUGAUUGGGAGCACAUGGUGUCUGAGGCAAUGCGGGCCUUGCUCGAGGCACCAGAUUGAAACCCAAGGAUACAUAGAAUGAAAAAGAUGGUUUCUAACUGCUAGGUGACAUUAUAUCAUGCACAGUAAAAGUAACAAUACAAGGUGUGGUUGUGACUAUGCAUGGCGCUGAUUCCAUGCUACGGUUAUCUAGGUAGGUCUCGAAGGUAGCAGUACAGUCAGGACUUACAAAAGUAACCUAGUUGUGUU